CUGCCAAAUUUGAGAAAGGAAUUGGCCGAGAAUUACAAGAGCAGUUGAUUUCACAGGACAAGCAAAGCAAACAUACUAGUUAUAUUUCAGAGUGUUCAAGCAAGCACCAGUCUUCAGAGAAUCCAGCUUAGUCCCAACAGUAAAACUGCCUCUAAAAAGACAGUCAAGAUGAGAGAGAGAGGAAAGGACACAUGCUUCAGCCCUUAAGAAAAGAAAUGUUUUUUAAAAAAAUAUUUUGCCAAAGAACAAGAACAUGAAAUACGAACAAAAGACAAGUGCAACAAAGGAAGGGAGUCAGCAAAUCAAAUAGGAGAAAGUGAAUAAAGAGAAGAAAAGCAAGCAAGCAAAGCCCUCAUAUUUGUGAAGAAAAUCUACAGUUCUUAAGACAAGUCUAAAACUCAGUCACAUUAGUGGAUAGAAUGAAGACAGGGAUUAGAAGUGAAUCUUGUCUGAGGAAUUGAGACUUGUAGAAAAGAUGGAAAGGACAGCAGAGAUAAAGGAAGAUGACAAGGAAAGACCAGAAGAGAGACAGUCAGGCAGGAAGGUCCCUGGUUUGACAUGUACCUACGAGCACGUGAAUCAGUUGUUUUGAACUACAAUCCUUUCAUGGUUUUCAAUGCUGACUCCAAAGUGGAUUAUAACAACCAGCUCACAAGGGCAACUAACAUGACCAUUUCUGCUUUGCGAUUCUUGAAGACUCUCAGGGCUAACAUUUUAGAACCAGAGGUUUUUCACCUGAACCCAGCCAAAAGUGACACUCAAGCUUUUAAAAAGUUUGUUCGUUUUGUGCCUCCUUCUCUGUCAUGGUUUUGUGCCUAUAUGGUGAAUGCCUACCCACUAGACAUGUCACAAUACUUCAGACUUUUCAAUUCUGCUCGGCUGCCCAAGCCUAACAAGGAUGAGCUGUUUACAGAUGAAAAUGAGAGGCAUUUAUUGGUGAUUAGAAAUGGAAACUUCUAUGUAUUUGAUGUGAUAGAUAAAGAUGGGAAUAUACUGAAGCCUUCAGAAAUUCAAGCACAUCUACAAUUCAUCCUUUCUGACAAUAGCCCAGCUCCAGCGUUCCCACUUGCAUGUCUGACUACUGAAAACCGGGACAUAUGGGCAAAGCUGAGACAGGAGCUACUGGAAAAUGGGAAUGCAGAAACCUUAAGAAAAGUAGAUUCAGCAAUAUUUUGUCUGUGCCUUGAUGAUUUUCCAAUUAACAGCGUGAACCACUUGUCCCAUACCAUGUUGCAUGGUGAUGGCAUCAAUAGGUGGUAUGACAAGUCAUUCAACCUCAUUUUAGCCAAAGAUGGCACUGCAGCAAUUCACUUUGAACACUCUUGGGGAGAUGGUGUUGCUGUUCUUAGAUUCCAAAAUGAAGUGUUUAAAGAUAGCACUCAGACACCUGCAAUUACCCCUCAGUCUCAGCCUGCUGCUGUUGAUUCUGCCUCAUCUGUACAAAAACUGAACUUUAAAUUGAAUGAUGCCUUAAAGGAAGGAAUUACCCAAGCCAAACAAAAAUUUGAUGCUAUUGUGAAAACACUGACUCUGGAGGCUCGACAAUUUGAAAGAGGAGGCAAAGAGAUGUUAAAAAAACAUAAAGUCAGUCCUGAUGCUAUUGCUCAGCUCGCCUUCCAGAUGGCUUUCUUGCAGCAAUAUGGGCGAACUGUUGCCACCUAUGAAUCGUGCAGCACUGCAGCUUUCAAACACGGUCGUACUGAAACCAUUCGUCCUGCCUCCGUCCACACAAAGGCAUGUUCAGAGGCCAUUGUCAGAAAGUCAUCCAAGCACAGUGUAGCAGAGCUGCAACAGAUGAUUGCAGAGUGCUCCAGGUAUCACAACCAGCUCACAAGAGAAGCUGCUAUGGGCCAAGGCUUUGAUCGGCACUUGUAUGGCUUGCGGUGUCUGGCGGAAUCUCGAGGAACUCCUUUGCCAGACUUUUAUCAGGACCAAGCCUAUGCACACAUUAACCACAACAUUAUCUCCACAAGUACUCUGAGCAGCCCUGCUGUCUCCAUGGGUGGAUUUGGGCCAGUGGUGCCUGAUGGUUUUGGUGUAGGAUACGGAGUACAUGAUGACUGGAUUGGGUGUAAUGUUUCUGGCUAUCCAGCGAGAAAUGUGCAAGAGUUUGUCCAGUGUGUUCACAAGUCACUGGAUGAUAUUUUUAAUGUUCUGGAAGGUAAACAGGUUAAUAACUGAGCCACAACAGGACUGGCUUUUUAAAAACUUGGGUGAUACCAGUUCAUCUUCAGCCAGAAAAUUAUUUUUAACAUUCUAGCUGGAUGUUCAGGUUAGCAUCUACUUCUGGGGGGAAAUGCCAGAAUUAAAAUAAUGUGUUUAAUUGUUUUGGUUGGGUCUCAACAUAAUCAUGUUUAGAGUUUGGUAAGCUAAACUAGUUCCAACCUCAUACAGAUACCUAAUUUUAAUAUUGAUUGUAAAAUGAAAUUUAUUUUGUGUAAGUAUUUGCCAAGGGCAUAUCACUGUAGACUGAGGCCUAAAUUCUUUUCUUAGUCCCAACAAGACUAGAAUCAGUAAAUCAGUUGAAUUGAUGUGUUGACUCAGCAGAUGAUUCAAUGAGCCAACUUGGUGGGGACUAACCAACAGCAUACAAGCCAUAUUUAGGCUGACUGAUGUACUGUGUAGGGUUCUUUCCUUUCUAAUAUAUACAUCAAUUUGAUAAUUUUGAUAUAUAAUCAUAAUAUAAUAAACAUAUGAUCCCUAUAUGAAUGCAUAUAGAGAGAGUUCAGUUCACAUGCCUAAUUCAGACAUCCUCAAUCAAGCCUCUUUGUUGGAAUACAUCCCAAGAAUGAAAUCUUUUUGAGUAAAACUUACACACCAACUGGGAAGCCCUUGCUAAAAUAGCAGAGUUUUCAUCUGAUUUCUCCAGAGAGUUACAUUGUGAUACUGUGUGACUUAUAGAAAACGGUUUGGUGAAUCGAAGCAACAUUUGCUAGAAUAACUAAUCUCAUUCUUCAACUGAGAAGAGUUCUAGUUAAAGUAAGCUUUAAUUAUGCAGAUUAUUAUUUAGAAAACCCAAAUUUAUCGUCAUGUAACUUGUCCAACAGGGCUAAACUAGAGACUUCAGACUUAACUGGUUUGAGUCGGAUCUCAAAAACUUGUUCUACAAAACAUUUUGGUUCUUUUAUUACAAUUUUUGCAUUCCUCCCUUACCAACAUUAAGGUUCUGCCGGACUUCACUUUGAACGUUUUAAUUAAUGCAAUUCUUCUCUAAAAUGUGUUUUUAACAUGCAAGCUCAUAAGAGUAACACCCCAAGGACAAAAUGAGUUUGAAAGAAUCUAAAUGUACAAGUUGCACUGAGGACAAUAAGCACUUUGAACAGCUGCCUUACUUUUCUUAUUAUAUUUAGUAGAGCGUCAGUCUAAAAUAUGUAUGUUGGAAACCAUUUGCCUCAUUUAUUCAAGUGAAAUUUAAAUGUGAACUUCCAGCAAUUCUGUACUAAAUAUUCAUGCUUUUGUGAUGAGAAAUUACAGCUGGAAUGCAUAACUUGAA